CUCAGUUGCAAGGACCGUGGCGUUCAGAUCACAUCCCUCCCUCACGCCGCGCGGUUGUGGCGCCCAAAGUGACAACCCUUCGCGUCUGGUGACUGGCGUGUGGUGGUGAAUUUGAAGGUGUCAUAGGCUACUGGGUCAGCACACUCCCGCACAUGCACCCUUGCCUUCCGCCCCCAGCACCCCGGGCCACGGUGAGAGCGAGGCGCGAGGCGGGGACGCUGCGAAGUGAGGCCGAAUGGGUCCCGGAAGCACCGCCCUGCCGCCCGCCACAGCUCUGGCCGCAUCCCCCUCCCCGACCUCCGGUAAACACGACACCCGCGGCGGCGAGGAUGACACCCACGAUGACUGUCCCUUCCGCCAGCUCCUCAGCGUGCGCCCUGCUUCCUGCACGCUGCUGCCCCGGACCUCAGGCGGCGUGGGUCGUGGCGGCCGGCUGAGUGACACGCGAGGUGGAGGCAAGAGUGUAAGAUUCGCUGACACAGUAACGGGUCCCGAUGGGCUUCCUGUCACUCCUGGCACACGCAGGAAAGGGGAUGCGACCACGCCUUACAAGAACGGUGUCGUCAAUACGGGGAAGUUUUAUCGCAGGAGCGACGGAAGGUUCGUGACCCGCGGAGGGGGCAGGCGGCCAGCCACGGCCAAGGAGCGAGUCACUCCGUCCGCCGCCAGGCCUCAGGCGGCGGGCCAGUACAGUGUGGGCAGGACCAGUCAGUACCAGCAGCAGUUUGAGUGUCGAAAGAAUUGCCAGUUUAAGGAACAAGUAAGCAAUCGUCCCCACAAAUCUGUCCACAAGACAUGGCGGUCACUCGCCUCAGAGGGACGCCCGCGCCUGGUGGGGGAAGGUCCUCGGCGAUCCAGAAUGAAGGUCACGGGGGUCAGCGCCCCGAGGUGGGAGCACGUGGACAACAAACAAAAAGGUGACGCGUCCUCAGCCAAGCAGUGCUCACUCAAGGCUGGCGAGGGGAGGGACGAGGUAGACGAGAAGUGUUCUGCCGCAUACAAAAAUGGUUUGCUCGUUGGGUGGCCAAAGUUUGAGGCUAACAGAAAAGUUGCCAGCCAGAGGACGAGGUCACUGUCUUGCCCCCAGAACUCCCCAGUCAUUCAAAGACCAAGGUUCAGGACGAGCUCAGCCCCUGUGGGCAGUACCUCAGCCUCCACCACCACUUCCGCCUGCAGCGCCGCCAGCCCGAGAAGCACCUCAGCUCCCGCCACGAGAGAUGUCCCUUCUUCAGCUUCCAGGAACACUGCAGCUCACAGCUCCAAGAAUAACACAUCCCUGUGUGACCACCUCGCCAGCAGGGCCGCGACGCGUUCGAGCUUCAGCCCCAAGACGUGGCCGUUCUGCAGCGGCAAGUCACAGUCGCAUCACGGCGUCGGGUGCAGGUACUGGCGGGCGCCGUGUCCCCUGCCGUGGUUCCUACAGGUGGACGUCCCCCGCCCCGGCCCGCUUUACUUGGGGGUUCUGCCGGGUCUCUACGUCGGUAACAUCAGGGACAGCAAGGACAGCGACCAGCUCAAGACACACAACAUCACACACAUCCUCGCUAUCCACGACAAUGCCAGAAAACUCCCGUGCAACUCAGAUAAGGAGUACCUGUGCAUUACCGCCUCAGAUUCACCUGGGCAGAACCUCAUGCAGUACUUCCCAGCUUGCAACGACUUCAUUCACACAGCCAGACUGAAGGGCGGCGCCGUCUUGAUUCACUGUCUGGCGGGCAUGUCUCGGUCCGUGACGGUGGCUGUCGUGUACGUGAUGUGCGUCACGUCCCUCAGCUGGCGGGACGCACUCAAGGUGGUCCGCGGCGCCAGGAAUGUCGCCAACCCCAACGUGGGGUUCCUGAAGCAGCUGCAGGACUUCGAGAGCGACAGGAUGGCUGAGGAACGGCGACGCCUCAAGGCCAAAUACCCAAGCGUGACCCUGAAGGAGGAGGACGAGCAGAUGGCGAAGACCCUCCUCGCCUCCUACUACCACUCCCUCAGCGUCGGGGAAAUGUGCGAGGGUAACUGUCCCCAGGGAGUGACGUGUCCCAGGGGCAUCUGUCACCCCGCCCGCAGGACCGGCCUCUUCAGGAGAAACUCCCGCGAGAGUUCCGGGAGCAGGUCAUCCAGCCCAUCCCGGCGAUCCUCCAGUCCCAGCUCAACAUCGUCCAGCCCAGCCACCUCCCCUGUGCCUCCGCGCCGCGCCAGCCCCACCCCGCCCUCACCACUCACGCGGCGCAACAGCAACUCGUCCCCGCAACUCACGCCGCCCCAGCAUGGCUCACCAAACAACCAGCGUAGCUCCUCGACAAACCGUUCCUCCAUGCAGGCCUCAUCUCCAGUCUCCUCCCCAAAGAGAAGCUCCUCUCCCUCCAGUCCCAAGCGUGGAUCUUCGCCGGUUCGCUCUCUCAGCUCUUCUCCAAAUAGCUCCCCAGCCACGUCCCCGAAACACGUCUACACGCCGUUCAUCUCCCCUAGAACCACCUAUACGUCCCCACCGGGCUCCCCCAAGCGCUGUCCCUCUCCUGUAGCAUCCCCCAAGCGAUCCCUCUCGGCGCCUAACUCUCCCCAGCGGACGGUCAAGAAAGCAACACUGUCUCCGCGAAGCAUGCUGAGACAAUGCUCCCUCUGGCAACACUCCAUUAAGGUCAACGGAGUGGACAGCAAGUCAAAAUAUAUUUCUGGCCUCGUUGUCGUCGACGGUGACAGAGAGCUAACUCAGAAGGAAAAAGAAUUACUCAGAUCACUGGAGGAGAAAGGUGUUCCCAUUCGACAGCUGAGGCCGGAUUCAGUUGGAGGCCUGCACCUGUCCAAACAGACGUCCCUGCCUCUCCAGUCAACACAGGAAAAGUCACCGACCUUCCAUCGUCCGCUGCAAAAACAAACAUCACUCCCGCCACAACCCAAAUCCUCCUCCUCCCAUCCUUGCCAUCCUACCGUCCUCGGAUCCUACUUACAGAUCUAUCGGCAGUCAUCCCUCCCUGAGGAAUGUGAGGACCAUGUAGACCACACCAUCCCUUCCUCAGACCAGCAGCUGUACCGCUGGAUCACACGACAGUCUCAGCCACCUGAGCCUCUGCCUUGCCCCUACGAUGAGCUUUUCCGGCAGGCAUCACUCCAGGAGUCCAGAUACAAACCAAAAUCCUCGCCCUUAAACACUAACCAGACGGCAUCUGAGGAGAAGAAAAACAAACACAACGAUCUCAAAUCCGGAGAGAAGGACGAGACUCACACACUCUCGAGGCUUGCAUCUGACAAUCAAGUGGACAAGACCGUCAAAGGAUCAAGUGAGAAAGACUUAUCUGUGUCCAAGACAAGCUGUUCCAGGGAUCUGCCGGCAACACCCGCCACCAUUGUGACGCCUGCCACACCCACCACUCCUGCCACGCCCGUCACAUCUAUUUCGCCCAUCAUGAACACAACAUCUACGCCAUCAGCAUCUAUUGAGCCUGCCAUGUCCAGCACAUCUGUCACCCUCACCACACCUGUCACACCCACUAUACCUGCCACAUCCAUCACAUCCGCCACCACCACCACUACCACAGUUGUCACAUCCUCCACAUCAACAAAAACCACCAACAGUUCUGAGUCUUCCACAUCGGUUGCCUCAGCUAAGCCCACAGAACCAGUUGUUUCUGGCACGCCUGCCAAAUCUGAGAAUAAACCCCACAAAGAAAAGGAAGCAGCAAACACAUCACCCAAGAAGGGCGCAGCCGCAAAGAACACAUCAACAAAACGCACGCCCACGCCGCCAUUGCCAACUAAAUUCAAACAGAAACAAAGCACUUCGUCAAGGUCUCCUUCACAGUCGCCCAAAACCAAAACUCCACCACUCAAGAGCGACCACGAGCAACCAUCACAGACGCCAGAAGCUGGUGGCGAGACGCAGCUUCCUCAAGGCGAGGAAGGAAAAUCUGCAGUUACCAAAAACCAAAAUCAGGACUCGAACACUCAUAAGAGGCACACAUCUGAAUCUCCCACAAGUUCGAGGUCUGUAUCUCCACCAAGGCCUCACAAUAAACCAGGCUUCGCUGUGAAGCAAGAGGAAGCGAAUCAUCCCCGAAAUAGGAAAGACUCCAUGUCAAGUGAACCUUCAAAAAAAGACCAUAAGGAAGCUCAUCUACCGAAGGAUCAUAAACACGCCACACCCUUAAAGAAACGAAAUUCAUCAUCUUCUAUGAAACACGAUUCUAAACCAGGUUUCUCCGUGAAGAAAGAACCAAAACCUGGGUCUUCUGUAAAACAAAAUACAACACUGGAAUCUAGCUUAAAGCAGGACAAAAAACCUGGCUUCCCUGUUAAACAAGACAGUCAGUCAAAGUCAGAUUCUGCUCCAAUCAAAGACCACAAACAAGACACUUUACUAAAACAGGACUUCAAGCCAGGAUCUCCAGUGAGCACAGAACACAAUUCAGGUUUGCAUUUACACAAAGAACACAAGCCUGAGUCUCCCUUAAAUAGAGAUAGCAAACCAGGAGCCAACAUAAACAAGGAUCACAAGCAAGAGUCCUCCGAGCAACGAAGCAACAAGGCAGGGACCCCCUCAAAGGAAGUCCAUAAGCCAGAAUCCUUCUCGAACAAGAAUCAAAAGCUAAAAUUUCCUCUAAAGCAAGACCAAAAAUCAGAUUCCUCUUCAAAGCAUGACCAAAAACCCGAUUCCUCUUUAAAGAAAGACCAAAAAACAGAUUCCUCUUCAAAGUACGACCAAAAAUCAGAUUCUUCGUUGAAAAAAGAUAAAAAAUCAGAUUCUUCGUCGAAGCAAGACCAAAAAUCAUAUUCCUCUUUAAAGAGAGAUAAAAAAUCUGAUUCAUCUUUAAAGAAAGACCAAAAAUCUGAUUCCUGUGCAAAGCAAGAUCACAAAUCUGAUUCCACUUUAAAGAAAGACAUGAAAUCAGAAUCCUCUCUAAAGAAUGAACAAAAAUCCGUUCCUUCAAAACAAGACCAAAAAUCUGAUUCCAUUUUAAAGAAAGACCAAAAAUCUGAUUCCACUCUAAAGAAAGACAAAAAAUCAGAUUCCUCUUUAAAACAAGACCAAAAAUCUGAUGCCACUUUAAAGAAAGAUCAGAAAUCAGAUUCCUCUUCAAAACAAGACCAAAAAUCUGAUUCUUCUUUUAAAAAGAAAGACCAAAAAUCAGAAUCCUCUUUAGAUAAACACCAAAAACCUGAUUCCUCUUUAAAGAAAGACCACAGAUCUGAUUCUUCAUUAAAGCAGGACCAAAAAUCAGAGUCAUCUUCAAAUCGAGACCAGAAAUCUGAGUCAUCAAGACAUGACCACAAAUCAAAGUCCCCUCUAAGGCAGGACCAGAAGCCAGAUUCCUGUUCAAAGCAGAACCAAAAGUCAGAGUCCCCUCUAAAGCAAGAGAAGAGGCCAGAGUCUCCCCUGAAGAGGGACCACAAGCCCGGAUCUCCCUUGAAGCAGGAGUACAGGUCAGGAUCUCCCUUAAAGCAGGAAUUCAGGCCAGGUUCUCCCUUGAAACAAGAUUAUAGGCCGGGGUCUCCUUUAAUACAGGACUACAGGCCGGGAUCCCCCUUGAAGAAGGACUCAAGGCCAAACUCUCCUAGUUUUGGUCCAGUGGUAAUUUCAAGACCCUCAACCCCUCUGUCUGCAUCACCGCCACCACCCAAACUACCGCCGCCGCCACAGUCACCCAAGCGUUCUGGUGUUCGUAGGAGAGGCAGCGCUGCUUCUUUGGGAACCGAUGGUCGUCGAACCCAGACCAAGCCUGAAUGUCCCUCACGGAACAAUCUUCCGGAUGCAAGUCACCAGACACCCUCAACCCCAUCACACGCUCCUCCACAAACCACCGGUCCACAGGCGACAAGUGCCCAGAAACAAUCAGCCAGACCAUCAACACCUAUUCAGGAACAGCCACGAUCCAGUCCUCCGCUUCCUGCCUCGCCACGCCCAUUACCUUACUAUCAUAAUCAGGUAGACCAGCCAGCCUGCCCUCCCUGCCUACCAAUCCAGUCUCGACCCCGCGCCUCUCUGGAACCUUUGACAUGCGCAGCUAAGCCGCCAUCCAGCAACCCAAGCUCUAAUUCAAACACAGUGACACAGAACUCUGUGUCUCAUAACGGUGUCCCUCCAAACGCCGAAACUCCAAAGCCAAAGCCAAAUUCUUGCCCUCCUCGCCAAGACAACAUAAAGCAGCCACCCACAGACACCCGUCCGACCCAAAGCGCAGCCAAUCAAGCACCACCCGUGACUCCCCAGCUCCCCCCAAAGGCCCAAGCCACCAAUAUGGAAGCCAAAGACAAUUGCUUUCAAGUCAUUCACAACAAACAAAACGAACCUCCGUCUCUUCCGAGAGAUAAAGCAGUAACUGAGACGCCUCCUACUUGUGCAUCCACACACUCCUCUGCACCUUCUCAAGGCAGCACUUUUCAGAAUUUCCACGAACUCUUCAAGAAAUGUUCAGUGAAAAAUCAGCAGCAGGCAGAGGGUUAUCUACAGACUGCCUCGUCCAUAAACACUGAAACACACCAACAAACAUUAGCUGUUCAAACGUCACGAGGUCUGUCCUCCAAGUGACGCCAAAGUUUCUCAGUUCAGCGGUGAUGACAGUCUGCCUUGCCUGCAGCAUCUGCAUAACCAUGCACGUCGUUCUUGAACAGUGUCUGGAGUCUCAAACAAAUCCCUUUCUGCAGCCACCACAUCUCCUGAGUGGCAGUGGUCCUACACAGAGCGCCUUUCUGGCCCUCAGGAAGGAAGUUCGAAUGAACCCGAAUUAUCACAUAUUAGCACUACAUGCGUUAAUGUUCUUGGUGAAUCUACCAUGCUAUGCCACAGAACAUGGCUAGCCCACGAGCUUUCUUCCAACCAAACACAGUCAAAGAACAUUCCUGGUGACUUACUGUGAACAAAACCUACCCGGCCUCUUUCAAGCACUGUUGCACAUCAUGGUGCCCAGAGCGCCCAUGCCGUGGUGACCCCUGAGGUAUGACAAGCAGUGCGAUAAGUCCCUUAACUGAUUGUCCUGACUCAAAACUUUCAAUGAUUUACAGUGCUAAGUGCAUCCUGUGUAUCUGGAAACUGAGUCAUGGUAUUGAGUGACUUUUUCAAGUGAGAGACUAUGAACGGAAUGGCUCAUGCACGUUUGCACUUCUCAUAUGAGUCAUACAACAAAGUAAUUUUAGAGUUAAAAAAUAUUCAUCCAAGGCACGCCAGUGUUCCAUGCCGGAACUGGCGUGGCCUUAAGGGUAUCACGACUGUGGAGGAGAACUCGACAACACUCAAUCUCGGCUCUAACCAUUACAGCAUAAGUAAAAUCUAGUUCUGAAAAUGCCAUGGAUUACUGAAAAAAAAAAAAAAAUCUUUAGCUGAUGAAAAUCUAUAUCACGCCGAUAUGAUGAUAUCGAAUUCUCCUCAUCACAUCUAACCUCGACCCUUUUUAUCUCUCACGAUUACGGCUCGCCAUAUCUCACCUGGUGGUGGCCUCCCACGCCUUGGGCUGAGUCAUGGCUGCCGGAAUAGGAGAGCAAGCCUGUUCUUGUGUCUUUGAAUCACAACGCACAAAUCAU